GCACCUCAAACUUAACCCUUCAAUCUUUCUUCAGUCGACGAUCGGCCACGUCAUGGGCUGGGGCGCAGCAUCCUAGUGCGGGGGUCCAGGCAGAGGGUCCAGGUCCAACGGCGAUCUCUUACUGGCAUAUAUUACUUACCAAAGCUUGCCAGAGCUGGGAAAUCUGGCCAUAGCACUCCUUUCGCCGACGACUUCGCGGCAAACAGCACGAUGCAGAUGAACUGGGCCUUGAUCAUAAUGGCCUUUGGCUUUAUGCGGAGUGCCAUCGCUGAUAUAUACUCCUUUCGUGCAAACAGCAAGAUCGCCUACAGUAUUGCUGUCGUAAGCUCCUCAGUGGGAUCCGAACCAACAGACCUGUUCUUUCAGAUUGUUGCACCAACGAGCUACGAGUGGGUCGCGUUGGGUCAAGGCACCGGAAUGGCAGGCGCUAAUAUCUUCGUCAUGUACUCAUCGUCUCUGAAGAACAACAUCACUCUAUCUCCGCGGUCGGGAAAGGGGCACGUCAUGCCCGAAUAUAACCCUGCUGCACGCGUCGAUCUCCUCGAUGGAACCGGGAUCAGCAAUGGGUAUAUGACAGCGAAUGUCCGAUGUGCAAGCUGUCUUGGCCUGUCACCAAGCAAUUGGAUCUGGGCUGCAAAGGAGGGCAGUCCUAUCUCGUCAUCCGACAAAGAAUUAGUUAUAUCCGAACAUGAUUUCAACGGCCGCCAGUCCAUCAACCUGGAACAAGCGACCAUCACCAAUCUGACAACGUCUAAUCCAUUCACUGAAUCUACCGACCCUAACCCUACAGCUUCCCCUCCAGCUUCCACCAGCGACUCAGAGUCCCCGGGCACUGGGGUAUUGGUCGCUCACGGCUCUCUAAUGGCCAUUGCCUUCAUAAUACUGUUCCCCGUUUCAGCCCUCUCUCUACACGUGAUCCCAUACGCGAAAACCGUCACUCGCGUCCAUGCCCCGCUGCAACUCUUCACCCUGUGCGUUGUGGCUGCGGGUCUUGCAAUUGGUGCCCAUCUCGCAGUCACGAAUGACGAGCUUGCGACCUACCACCCUAUCAUCGGGCUCGUCGUGGUGGGCGCCCUUAUCCUCUUCCAACCAGCCCUGGGCCUUUUCCAACACCUGCGCUUCCGGCGGACCCGUGAGAAGACUAGCUAUGCAUACAUCCACCGCUGGCUCGGUAGGAUACUAAUCCUGCUCGGAAUCGUAAACGGCGGGCUGGGUUUUAUGCUAGUUGGAAUCGGUGAGCCAGGGAGCCCCACGAGUGCGGUUGUGAUCUACUCGGUGCUUGCGGGCGUCGUCGUACUGAUCUAUAUAGCCGUUCUUGCUAUUAGACCAGCUGUUGCUGCAAGGAAGGUUUCUCAGUCUGCUGGGAACAAUCCGCAGGAUUGGCCCACAUCUGAAAGGGAAGGCGAUCUACAGCUUCUAAAUAUUCACUAACUAUGAAUUUUCCUCAUUUCUUUCGUGGGAGCGGUUCGACUAAACGUUGUUGUUGAUACUGUACUAUGCGUCUGUGUAGGCCUGACUCUACCGGGUUGUUCUUUUUGCCCUAGAGCGUUUACAUAAGAAAAUCAUUUUUGUUGAUGGUGUUGUUACUGAUGUAUAUUACCUUUUAUGACUACGGCGUAGUGAUUGGAAGAGGCCAAGUAAAAGAUUUGUUCCUAGCUUAUGCUCUCGACUUGAGCUGAGGACACCCAAUCAUAUGCUGGUGGCUGUCCGUUCGGCUCUUGCCUCGUGAACCUAUCAGCGCCUAACCCUUGCUG